AUAAAACAGAGAUCAAGCAGGCAGAUCAUCGGAGCGUACAGGACCACCUUCGACAGCGUCUCGAUAUCUGCAAACUCGACGACAUCUCUGCUCACCAAUUCCUCGUGCGACUCGGAUUCGAAACAUUCCGACGAGUUUCAACGCUCCAGGGCGAAACAGAUCACAAGGAGACGGGGCGCCGUCAAACAUCAAAGGGUGCACGAGGUGAAAGGACACAAAUUUCUCGCGAAGUUUUUCAGGCAACCGACGUUCUGCGCUUUCUGCAAGGACUUCCUGUGGGGUUUCUGCAAGCAGGGCUACCAAUGUCAAUGUUGUCAGACGGCCGUCCACAAGAAAUGCCACGACAAGUUGCUGGGAAAAUGCCCGGGAUCCGGACGAGAAUCGGAAAGCACAAUUUACCUCAGGGCGCGAUUCAAAAUUGACGUUCCGCAUCGGUUCAAAGUGCACACGUUCAUGUCCCCAACGUUUUGCGACCACUGCGGAUCUCUCCUCUAUGGUAUUUACAAGCAAGGAUUAAAAUGUGAAG